UGACAGCCCAAGUGGAAAGAGAUUCAGUGCCGAAAAUGUACAAAUUUACGAAUCAUUUAGCAAAUGCUAAUUUGGUUUUGGUGAGGAAACAGCUAGGCGAUGGAUCAUGCGCAGCUCUGAUAGUGAUGAGGGCGCCCAGGCGGUUCGCGCACAAUGACAACAAGUGCCCGCCUGGAUCGCAGGUGAAACCCAAGUCUAGGAAGCUGCUGUGGGGCACUAUAGGCGCUACAAUGCUCACCGGUGCCGCCGUCGUUUAUGCCAAGAGCAGUCCCGAUGCGCGAAACUGGUUAGAGUCAAACGCCCCUUGGGCUAACAACUUUGUGGCGCUCGUAUACCAGGAGAACACUACCUACUGGAAGUUCACCACUAACCAGUUCAACAAAGUCUCCAAGUCAAUUGGCAAUUUUAUGUUUGGAAAGGAAGGCGUAUCUCCCAUGGAUUUCAAACAGAAACCUGAGCAAAACUUGGACGAAGAUGCUGCUAAAGGAUUUGCCAAAAAGGAUUACCAAUUGCCGCCGCCAUCUUUCGAACCUUUGUAUGUGGAAGAGAAGAAGAUAGAAACACCGGAAGUGGAGACGGAAGCAACUUUGAUAAAGACAGAGAAAUGCGAACCCCAACAGCUGCCGCCAGUCAAGAUUACUAAAGACAUGGUAGAACUUGAACAUGAUAUGCACGAGAACACCAAACUGGCCAUAGACUAUUUCAAGGAGGCCACUAAAUACUGUACGGAUUAUAACAAGGCGCUGUACAAGAUUGUCGAGUUGUCUGUAGACGAUUUGGAUAAGAAGUACUAUGUGAAUGUGCAAGGCGCUAAAGAUUCGCGCGACAAAGCAGCAACAAAGGCACAGGAUGCCAUCUCCAAAGCCAAAAUGGCUAUAGACACCCUCGAUCGUAUGAUAAAGGCCGGUGUCCAAGCUCCCCCAGAAAGUAUAACAGCCACUCAGAGAUACAUAAAACAGUUCCGAACCGACUUAGCGGUCGCUGAGAAAGCUUACAAAGACGAAUACGAGAAAUCGGUGCUGAGCGAUAAGUACUGGAAUAAGGUUGAAAUGGCCCGCAAUGCUUACAAGAGCGAACUGCAAGCUUUGUUCCCUGGCAUCGACUUGAGCGCUCGCAACUUAGACAUCAAGGGCGACACUGAUCUCUUGCUUCUUUACACGCUGAAGCAGGUACAAUACCUACAAAAAGAGUUAGCAGCUUUCCAGACAGUAAGAGACUUGAAAAUCAACAGAGCCCUCGAGGGUCACGACGAAAAAGAUAUAAUAGAAGCCAAAGUUGAAGAAGUCAUUCUGAGAGAACAAUUGGAAAAGGAAAAGGAGUACCAAAAGAAGAGUUUGGAAAUACAAGCAGAGGCGAACAAGAAACUGAAAGAAGAACUGAAGAAGCAAUUUGAAAUCCAACAGGAAGUUCUGCAAGACAGACUCAAUAAGAAAGAGAAAGAGGUAAUGGGCAAAUUUACUCGCGCCGUCUACGAGCAAGUGGAGAAAGAGAGAGUGGAGUUCAAACGAGAGUUGGCAGCAAUGGCGGGCAAGUUGCAAGCUAUCGAACAAACACUUAAGCAACGAGCAAAGGCGGAAGCGGAAGCGCGUAGAUCCCAAUCUCUAUGGGCGGCCGCGGAAGCCCUAUUGGCGGCGACGAGACGGGGAGAUGCCGAAACCAAAAUUGACAACGAAAUUAAAGCGUUGGAGAAAGCCGGUAAAGACGAUAAAUUGGUACAGACCGUGCUAAAAGGUAUACCUUCAGAGAUCCGAGAGAAGGGCAUCGUCACAGAGAAGUCACUUCGAGAGAGGUUCGACACGAUGGAAAAGACCGCAGUGAAGGUAGCCCUGAUUGGCCGCGAAGGAGCUUCGUUGCCAGUUUACUUCCUGUCUUGGCUGCAGUCAAAAUUGUUAUUCCAUAAGAUAUCCGACAUUCCAGUGGAAGAGUUGGAAAACAAACCUGUAGAUUUCACGGAAUUGGACACAUUCGACAUUAUUCAGAGGGCGAGGUACCAUAUGAACCACGGUAACCUAUCCGGCGCGUUACGGUACGUAAACCUCUUACAGGGCGCCCCUAGGGCUGCGGCCAAGAAAUGGGCGGACGCGGCUCGCACUCACCUCGAGAUCAGGCAGGCGGCCGAAGCGGUUAUGGCACACGCCUCCGCUAGUGGCUUGCUGUACUUGUAGACGAUAUCAAGGCGUUUGUGACUGGAUUUCUCAUAGGGCUAAUACCACACUGGGCUUAGGUAAAUUAGCUGAGAUAUAAUGUUCAUUGAUACCCGAAGAGAAUGGCGUGAAGGACACUCGCAUGAGAUUGAGAACGUUCUAGAAAGAUAAAAAGCAAACAAUGGCACUAUAGA